AAUAUUAGUAAAUAAAGAGCAGAAAAAGGUUAAGAAAUGGAACAAGAAGUCAGAGAGUCGAAAAGUCUGCCAGAGACUUUUGAGUUUCAGACUUUCAGCUGCUGUUCUUUCGUCUCGUAGCUGCCAAAAGAGCAUCUAUCUCUCUUUCUCUCUGCCCAAAUCAAAAUGAGGGUUUAAAGUCAACGGCGAGAAGAUGAGUGCUUCAAGGUUAAAGUGUGUCAUCGUCGGUGACGGCGCCGUCGGCAAGACUUGUCUACUCAUUUCCUACACUAGAAACGCUUUCCCCACCGAUGAUGUGCCAAAUGUUUUUGAUAAUGUCAGCGCCCAUGUGAUUGUCGAUGGGAGCACCAUCAACUUGGAAUUGUUGGACACUGCAGGACAAGAUGACUACAAUAGACUAAGACCAUUAAGCUAUCCAUUUACUGAUGUCUUCUUGCUCGCAUUCUCUCUCGUUAACAAAGCGAGCUCUGAAAAUGUUGCUAAAAAGUGGGUUCCUGAACUCAGACAUCAUGCUCCUGAUGUUCCCAUCGUACUUGUUGGAACAAAGCUCGAUGCUCGAGAUGAUAAGCAGUACUUUCUUGAGCACCCUGGAGCUGUGCCUAUAUCUACUGCUCAGGGCGAGGAACUAAAAAGGCUUGUUGGAGCUUCUGCUUAUAUAGAAUGCAGUUCAAAGACACAACUGAAUGUUAAAGCUGUCUUUGAUGAGGCCAUCAAAGUAGUUCUCGAGCCACCCAAUAACAACAACAACAACAUUAGUACAUCUCAGAAAGGCUGUUCCAUAUUGUGAUUCAAGAAAAGAAUAAACACGAAUCAACAGUUAACUAAUCAUUGUUUCCGAGUGCCCAUUUUCUCUUAUUUCCCAUUAAACAAGAAUCUGUUGUUUGUAGUCCUAAAAGUAGACAUAUAAGAACUCAUUGCUCAAGUAUUGAAACUUUGGGGUUGUAUCUUUGUGUGCACUCUGUAUCUUUAAAUUCUUCCUAAGUGUUGACAUUUGCUUCGA